UCUUGCUUUUGAGUUGAAUAGGGGCAAUCUGUGUAUUAUGUCAAAAGCUCACAUCCGCCUGUUUUCUGUGCAUCAUGCAACUACCCAGGAAGGAAAUGGUCAUCUCUUUGAAGCCUUUUUGAAAGGUUCCCUCAGUGCAGCAGGGGGAUGUUUUUAUGUCUAAGACAGGCUUCCAGCUGACUUAUGAGUUUUACUUCUACAUUCACUAGCUGCUAGUGAAGAAGCACAAAAACAUGUGUGAGCAGAAGAACAACAGACUGGGAACCCCAGGAGCCAACUCUUAAUGCAUGAUUGAGCUUUGUGGCCAGGCAGACAUGAAGAUGGAGUUCUGCAGCAUAAUCCUGGGACUAGUCUUGGCUCUUUGGGUUGGAGACGCUCGAGAGAGUGUCCCAAUGCAAAGCCUGCACUGUUAUAAUGACUAUGCCGUCCAAACUACCUGUGUGUGGCAGGAGUGCUCAGAGGCUCGUCACUUCCUGAAUAUGACUCUGUUCGAGAUGCAUGACAACACAAUGAAUGGCAUGGAGAUCCCGUGUGAGUCUCACAGGGUCGAGGAGCACACUGACUGCCAGGGCUCCCAUGUGCGCUGGGUCUGCCCCAGAAAUAGCUCUCUUAGAACUGCUGAUAUUUACAUCUUCAAACCUGAUCGGGAGCUGCAGGCUGAACUGAAUGUCACCCUCUUCCAGACUGAGGAAGCCUCACCUCUGCCUUUCUCAGGAGAUGAUGGUCAGCCCAAGAAUCUCCGCUGCCACUUCAAUGGUGUUGAUCGCCUCCUGUGCAGCUGGGAAGUACGGCAAGAGGUCACCAGCUCCGUCUUGUUCACACUCUUCUACAAGGUUACACAGACAUCAGAAGAGAAGGAAUGCUUGCAAGUUUAUGAGGAGAAGGUGUCUGACAUCCCCUAUGUACAGCAGCACUGUGAGAUCUAUGUCACCAACUGCAACCAUACAAGCCAGUACCAUGUAACUGUCCGGCCCAAGAAAGAAAAGAAACACAUUGAUGCCUCUAAGCACAUCAAAGUGCUUGCACCCACCAACUUGACAGUGACAACAAAGGAAGACCAGGAGUAUGAACUGAGAUGGGUAAAGCAUAAACUACAGUAUGGCUUUAUAAAACAGAGCUAUCAAGUCUUGUACUGGAAGGCAGACCAGUCCUCGGAGGCUGCCAAGUCCAUCAACAUCAGCAAUGAUGAGCCCCCCUUCAUCUUCCCCUCCCAGAUGCUAGAGUCAUCAACAUGCUAUAGGGCAAAAAUGCGGGCAAGGGUGCAUGCGUCCUCUGACUACGACGGUCCCUGGAGCGAGUGGAGUGAGGAGUGCGCUUGGCAAACAGGGCAUGUUGUGUCACCACUGAUUCUCCCAUUCAUGGUCUCAGUUGUCACUAUCAUUCUGAUAGCGACUGGUUGGUGCAGCUGUAAAUAUCUCUUCAACAAGAAGAAAAAAUGGGAAGAAAAGAUUCCCAAUCCCAGCAAGAGUCAGCUGGUGCAGGGCUUCUUCCAGAAAGGACCACUAGGUAAUCUCAUGCCAAGCAAGUUGGUGGUCUUUGACAAUCAGAGCCAUUUGGAGAAGGUGGAGCAGAUCAACAACAUACAAGUGCUGCAUAGCAUGGUGAAGGUUAUUUCAGCAAGGUCCUCAGGAACUGAGGCACCAAACAUGGACCUAAGAAACUGGUAUCACACUUCUGAAGUGCUAGGCUCUGCUUCACUUUCAGCAGCCCCAUGUGCCUGGCAUUCAAGUCAAAGAACCAGUCAUUCCCUCGCACCAGCCCCAUUUGCCUGUGUUGGUAGUCCUACAGCAGACACUCCCUCUCGGGUACCUAUGUCCUACUUUGAUUUUAAUGGUCCGUACCUGUAUUCCCCAUAUGGGAACUCCCUGGCAAAUAUUCAAGAGGACCUGGGAGCAUCCCCAGAAAAACUUACGGAAGAAUCAAUAUCCUUGGAACAUUUUCCCCAAACCACAAAGGGCUACAGACCUUAGUGAUGGGUUGGGGAGGGUCAGGUCACCCCCAGAUUUUCUUCUUUCCUGACCAGAAAGAGACGAAGCAUAUAUUUGCAGGAGGACAAGAAACAUCAUCAGCCCAACUAGUGGAUGUGGAAGAGAUGAAAGAGAUAAAAUAGAAGGCCCAGACUCACUGACUGCUGUCCUCUUGAAUGGCUCCUCCCAGGGCCUGCAUAAAGGACCAAAUACAGCAUUCCCUUACAUUGAAUUCACAUCCCAAUGUAAAUUACACUAAGAUCUGAUGAAACAGAUGUGCAGCACCUUUCCAGAUAAUGGAGGACCCACCUGCAGCAAGCAAGAGGAUGCGCUUCACAUGGAGGCCAUUUGGUCCCCGAAAACCUUGAAUACUGAUGAAUACUUUGCCUUGCCAUUGUGGGCUGGACAGUAGCCAGUUGCAAGGGCAAGGAAGUUUGAUGAGGUUGUGAGACCAUCAGCAAAGACAGCGAGUGACUGAACAAAAAUGCUGCUGUUUAAGAACUGUCACCUCUGUUUUAUUUCCCACCCUUCCCCCCUACCAACACCCAGGGAGAAAGACAAUGAUAAGUUCUUCUCUCCCAGCCUCCAUGCUUACAAGUGAAGGACAUUAAUUAGCACCAUGUCCUCCUCCUCAGUAUAUUUGGCUACAGGAACAAGCCAAACUUCCCCGGUUGAAGAAGCUUCUGCUUUUCCAGAGCUGUCAUUUCUGAUAACGUUGACAUGUUUGUAGUGCAGAAUGUGUAGCGAUGACUUCAGUGCAAACUUUGCAGCUUGAGGGAUCCAACUUCAUGUCAUGUUUUAAGACUGUCACGAGUUCCUGGCAUGAAAUGCCUCUUACUCUUAAAUCCAAGAGUUUAUUUAGCAAGAUAAUGAUAAAAAUCAUCCUGGAGCAUUGAUAAGAAGGGUAUAGCGGGAAUGAGAACUGCUCAGGACAGUACAAGAUGGACAGGAGUAAAGGGGUGAAACUGAAAUUGGAAAAUUUGGCUGGAAACCAGGAAGUCUCUGCUAACUGAAGUGUGAUUCAGAAGCCCACACCAUAAUUAGAGUGCACAAAACCAUGGAGACGUACUUAAUUGCAAGACCAACUAUCCAGGAGAUAAGAUGUGCAGAUUGUCAAGCCAAGACCUUGUGGUGCUUGUAGUUUUGCUUGCUAAAAUACUGUAGGAUUUGCUGCCUUUCUAGGCAUUGCCUGUUGCUAGAUGAUCGUAAUGCAUCUGAACUAGCUGCUUUGGUAACAAUCAUGUGUAAGGUAUAAGCUGCAUCAAAGAAGGAAAAUCCAUUUCUCUCCAAUCCUUUAUUGCAAGCAAAGCUUUGCAAGUUCUUGAAAGUCGCUGACUCAGAGCUGCCACUCUGAGAUCAGACCUUGGGAAAUCAUUUAGAUUUCAAUGCAUCACCUGCCAAGUACAAUGUUUAGCUCUGGCUUUGCUGCAGUGUCACAACUGAUGAGGGGAGGAAGAUGGAGUCCAGCACUUCUUUGCAGGUGUGUGUCAGAAAUACUAGUUCUGCUUAGUGUGCUAAUUGGAUACAUCUGUUUACUGUUAUUCAGUGUAAUUUGUUCGUUUGGAUAAUGUAACUUGUUAUAAACAGUAUUUCAAAC